GACCAAAAAAAGAAGCAGCAGCUCAAACCGUCAAAACAUAAACACAGCAGUCACAACCUUGUUUCUUCGUCUUGCUGCUCAGAGGCUGACCCUCGCCGUCAACAAUGUGGCGUCUUUUUCUGUCACGGUGUCACCGUCUGCCCGCUAGAGGCAUUUGCUAGACGGCGACGAAAGCAAAGCCGCAAAAAUAAAAGAUUAGGACUGACCUAAAAGAAGUGCGGAGCGUCGGGCCGGGGCCUGUGAGUCGAGCUAGCUAGUUAGCCGCGCUAGCUUGCGGCUGUGAGACCAAACAGACUCACCUUGGUGGAGACAAAGGAGCACACACGAUGGCAGAGCCUGACGGCAAAUCCACGCUGGUCAACGGGGCUUCUGGAGAGGAGGAAGCAGGGAAAGAUAAACACAAAGACGAGAACGCUUGUGGAAGCAAAGAAGACACAGGAGAAGCAUCUGGAGACAAGAAUGUGUCGGAAAAAAGUGAGCUGAAGGCAAGCCAAGAUGCGGAGGUGGAUGAUGAAGAAGACACAGACAGUAUGGACGGCAGCGGUCUCUACUCCCUGACUGAGGACGGUGAGCGAGAGAGCGAAGGAGACGGACGAGACGGGGCGAAGGAGAAGGAAAGCGGGAGAAGGGCUGGCCGAAAAAGGAACAGACCUUGUGGCGGCGGUGGCAACAACACCCACUCCUCCAGCUCGGACGAGGAGGAUGAAGAGGAACAGAAAGACGAGGAGGAUGACAACGAGGCGAUGGAGGCGUGGCUCGGAGCAGAGCUGCGGGACUUGCGCGGGCCCGUGUGGCGCGCCAUCCCCUCGCUGCGCUCCAGGGAGAUCGGCCGGGAUGCGCUGCAGUUCGUGAGGCGGGUGUGUGGCGCCCGCGGCCUGGUGCAGAGGCUGGAGCUGCAGGGUCGGCUGGAGAGGCAUGCCGGCUGUGUCAACACGCUGCACUUCAACCCGUCGGGCACGCGCCUGGCAUCCGGCAGCGAUGAUCUGAGGGUGGUCAUCUGGGACUGGGCCAUCCGGCGCGCCGAGCUGGAGUUUGAUAGCGGACACAAGAGCAAUGUUUUUCAGGCAAAGUUCCUGCCCCAUAGCGGCGAUUCAACCUUGGCCAUGUGCGCCCGAGACGGUCAGAUUCGUGUGGCCGAGCUGUCCGCCACUCAACGAUGUAAGAACACCAAGAGAGUGGCGCAGCACAAAGGCGCUGCUCACAAGCUGGCCCUGGAGCCUGACACGCCGUGCUCCUUCCUGUCAGCAGGAGAAGACGCUGUCGUGUUUGGAAUCGACCUGAGGCUGGACCGGCCCGCCAACAAGCUGGUGGUGGUAAAGGAGGGCGACAAAAAGGUGGGCCUCUACACCAUCUUUGUAAACCCAGCCAAGACGCACCACUUUGCUGUCGGCGGGAGGGAUCAGUAUGUUAGGAUUUACGAUCAGAGGAAGAUCAACGAGAACGACAACAACGGCGUGCUGAAAAAGUUCUGCCCCUCACAUCUGGUGUCCAGCGAGUCCAAAACCAACAUCACCUGCCUGGUGUACAGUCACGAUGGCUCAGAGCUGCUGGCCAGUUACAACGACGAGGACAUCUACCUGUUUGACUCCAACCACAGCGACGGCGCCGACUACUGCAGGAGAUACAAGGGACACCGCAACAACGCCACAGUGAAGGGCGUCAACUUCUACGGGCCGUGCAGCGAAUUUGUGGUCAGCGGGAGCGACUGCGGACACAUCUACCUGUGGGACAAACACUCGGCUCGCAUCGUCCAGUUCAUGGAGGGGGACAUAGGGGGUGUUGUGAACUGCUUGGAGCCGCACCCCCACCUGCCUGGCAUGGCCACCAGCGGCCUGGAUCAUGACAUCAAACUUUGGGCGCCCACUGCUGAGACCCCCACUGGACUGAAGGGCCUCAAAGAGGUGAUGAAGAAGAACAAGCGGGAGCGUGACGAGGACAGUGUGCGACACGGCAACCAGUACGACACGCAGCUGCUGUGGUUCCUCAUGAGGCACAUGAGGAACAGGCGGCCCCCGAGGACCCGCCGUGAGGGGGCUGACGCCGACACAGACGAGUCCUGGAGCUCGUCGGACACCUCGGAUGAAGAGGAGGGGGGUCCGGACCAUGUCCAGUGCAUGUCCUCCUGAACCGCAUACACAGUCGCCGUCCAAUGGGGGAAAACAUGUAUCUCCAGAAAUUGGAAAACAAUGUGGAGAUACAUGCUUUUCCCUGGACAGUGACUAUGCAUACAUGCAUCUACAUACAGUAUACUUUAUUGCCCUUGUAUUCUCUCUCUCUUACACACACACACACACACACACACACACACACACACACACACACACACAGACAGAGAGCAGGCAUUUGUUGUCUGGUGAAAAGCACGCAUCUCCAAAUUUGGUGUCCAAAAAGGCAGCUAAGACGUAUUGAGAUCCGUGCUUUUCAUUGGACAGCGCUCAUACACUGGCAGUUUUUCUUCUGGUGCGCUCACAUUCAAAUCUGACAUAGUAAGAGGCGCAAGGUGACAACAUCUCAACAGACCCGGAACGACCUCUCGUACCCUACACCAGCACGUAGCCCCGCCCCCUGUGUGACUUGCUGUACGCCGCCUUCCUUCUUUCUUUGGCCACCCCCACCCCAC